AUGGACAAAGAUUGCGAUAUGGUAUAUAAGAACAUCUCUGACAUAUACAAAUCUGGGGAGUUUAAGACCUACGACAACUUUGUUUCGUUAGUUGCUGAAUGUGUAUGGCAGAUAAGAGAUAAAGAUAGAAGAGGUAAGAUAUGGAAUGAACAGAUAAAACCCGCAACUUUUGAGUUAAAGAGAGCAAUUGACGCCUUAGUCAUACUAGCAGGUAAGGUUUCAGAAUAUAACGCAAAAAUGAACCCACAAUGUUCUAAAUGUAAAGCAGCAAUGAGGAAAUAUAACUACUCCGUCAAAGAGAUAGAACGUAUGCGAAACGACUAUGCUGACUUAAAGAAAGAAGCAGAAAAGCCAGCAGAAAAUAAAAUGGACAUGUUGACAUUUCUAAACAAAAACUAUCCAACAGCUGACGAUUUCCUUCUUUCAGAUGUCAAGAAGAAAUAUAAAGAAACUUUCGGCAUUGUGAAAACAUUCGAUAUCCUUCGUGAAGAAAUAGAAGCUACAAAACUGUUUAGAAUUUCACGAAUUCACAAUGUUUACCAUGUAAAACGCUUAUAA